AUGGAAUCAACUACAAUUAGAAGUUAUGAACGAUUACAAGAGAAUAUUAAAUUGUUUGAGAAGUUGAAGAUUGAUAUGAUUGAUUUCCAAUCGGAUAUAGAUACAAAAUUGAAUAAAAAACAACAAGAAACUCAAUCUACAAUAUACAAAUAUCAACAAGAAGUAAAUCAAAUACAAUUAGAAAAACAAAAUAGAACAAACCAGGUAAAUGAAUUAACUGAGAAAAGAGAUGCCUUGAAAUCAAAACUACGUGAAAAAUUAUCAAAAUUAGAAACUCAAAAAUUACAAUGUGAUGAAUUAAUAACUAAGAAACAUGAACUAAUAAAAACUAAGAAUCAAAUAGAAAUCGAAAUACAACAGGUCACGGAGGAGAUUAGAGUUAAAGAUGAUGAGUUUCUAAAAUCAUCUCAACAAAUGUAUCAACAAAUGGAUCAAAACGAACAAGAAUUAGAUAAAGUUCAAACUUAUAUGGGUGCUAGAAUUCAAGUCAUUAAUGACGAUUCAUUUGCUUUCAUAUUCAAGAAUCUUGAGAUUGAAAAUUUAGAUAAUGAAUAUGAAGUCGUUAUUAAAGUUGGUGAUAGUUAUAAUAUUGAAAGUACUGACCCUGAAUUAAAUAAAAAUGAUAUUAAGAAAGUUGAAAAUGAUUUGAAUAGUCAUUUGCAGUUAAUUAAAGCUUUGAAAGAGAUACGGACCUUGUUUAAGAAAUUAGCUACUGCUAAAUCAUAG